AUGUGUUUGGUAACAAUGUUGGUGCAACUGGUGAACGUGAUGAUGGAAAGAUGCUUGGCACAGUUACCAGAGACUUAGUAUGAUGUCAGAUGUGUGCUAUUCAGUGUAAAGUUUGGUGAUUUUCCUUUUUUUUUUAUAUGUGAAGAAGGUAUUAUUAUACAUGGUAAACAUAAUUGCCAGUAAUCUUGUAUCUUUAACCACAAAGUUGUUGAUGAAAUUGAUGUUUUAAAACCCCCCACAAAACAUUUAUAUUUUUUUGACUACUUGACUAAUACAUGAUUCGGUAUAAAUUACAAUAAUAAGAAAAAAAGUCUAAAUACUUGCACUCUGGAAUGUACAGUGUGCAGCUCCAAUCAAAUGCAGAUUAAGAGUGUGUGAGAAUGUUGAAUUCAGGAGCAGGAUCCACUUCAUUCAGGUUCUGUUAUCAUGUCAAGGAGCAACAUGGUCUGUUAUUUUGUGUCCUACAAGCUGAGAUGAAAUCAAUUCAUGAGAUAUCAAUAGACACAACCAUAAUAUGUAUCCAGCAUCUGAUUAAAAUCUGGUUUAGGUUGGAUUAAAAGGGCAAAAGAUCUCAUAUCUCACAUCCACAACAUUUUAAAAUUACACUAUUUAUAUACAUAACAUUAAAAAAAUUCACUACUUACUAUUAUCUUACAGCUGGAGACUGAUAUUCCAAAUUAAAAUAUAAAAAACGUUGUGAAUACACCUUUAAUUCUUUCAUCCAAGUUCUCACCUGAUCUGCUUUGUGCAAACUCUGGCGUCAGCGUAUGUAAAACUACAGCUCCCAUGAGGCCUUCACGGUCAUCUCCCGCGUCCCGCCCCCUGCUCCCUCCCCUCCAAAGCACGAGUGCUUCAGCCCCUGUGUCACGUGGUCUUCUCCGGCCAAUGGGCACUGUCGUUACAGGCGCAAUGCAGUUGUCGGGAUGUAAGGAGGAAUGGCGACGGUUGAGGCGGUUUUUCGACGCCAAACGGCAGCAGAGCACAGCUAAUCUCUCACACCCAAAAUGGAGACAGAAGUAAUGAUGUCCUCCUCAACGAGCCUGGUCUCAGCCUCCAUGCCGCAGACUCUGACCACUCAGGCCAACUUGGCCUCAAAGCAGCGAGAAUGCAGAAAGACCACAUCCAUGACUCCUGCCUUCCUCUCCAACCUGGGCAGGGCCACCCUGCGGGGCAUUCGUAGGUGUCCCCAGUGUGGUGUCUACAAUGGCACCCGUGGGCUCAGCUGCAAGAACAAGGCCUGCGGUGUGUCCCUCAGAAAUGCCUCGGCAGCAGGUAGAAACAGAAAGAAAUGUGCGGUGGAGGUGGUGAAAGUGAUAAUAGACAGUGAGGAGAGAGAUGGGAAAGAGCACGAGGGAGGAGGCGUCCUGGGCGGUGGCUCAGGGGGAGGAGUUCAGGUGUUUUCGGUGUGCCACAGAGGAAGAGGUUCCACAGCCACACAGCUGGGCUUUGUUGAGCUCGUCCCAACAGACACUGCUAUCGCAACCGGUGACGGCGCCACCCUGCUGACCCGGAUCAACCUCGGCCGCUGCUUUUUGCCUUCUUGCAAACAGGGUCAGCGGUCGAACCAGGGUGAGGCAGACGCGUCGGUGACCAGCUCCAAACAGUCCUCUGACAGUCUCUGCGUCCACAUCAAACAAGCCAUUGAGUGUCAGAGCAGCGCAACACCGCUCACCCUGAAGAGCUCCGUCCUUGAGGGUCUGCAGGCCUCCAUCCAGGCCAGGGAGGAGCUGUGGAGGCUGGCCACGGAGUCUCCAGGACCGCUGGUGCAGCGCGUUUCAAAGGACACGCUGGUGGUGAAGUGUCACACAGAUUCCCAGCAUCCUCUGGGGCUUCUGCAUCUCUCUGUUGGUGCGGGUGGAUUGUCUGAGGCUUUAAAGAGUGAGAAAAGAGGCAGAGAGAUGCAGCAGCAGCAGCAGCAGCAGCACGGCAUCUUCCACUGUGCCUGCCAGGUCGGCAUCAGCAGAAGAAACAAACCAGGUGUUGAUGGAACAGGUGGAGUCGCCAGCUUUCACUCUUCCGCCAGCUCGACGACACCACAACCCUGCCUCCACUUCUACGCCUGUGUGUGCGCUUUUGCAAGUGACGAGAAGUUGGCCUCUGAGUUCGCUCCGUUCAUCGGCUACACGCCCAGUGUUGAGCAGAGCGCUGCUUCCGCUGUUCUAACCGGUCACAGCGAUAAGACUUUGCAGCAGGCCGAACCAGCCAACUCUCUUCAUAAAGCAAAGAAACUUCGUCAAGAUGAAUCCCUUUCUGGUGGGACACAGGCAGUGGACGAGCACACAGUGACGUUGGGUUUCCAACAGUGGCUGGCCAGCGUCACAGAGAGGAUCCACCAGAUGAUGCACUACCAGUGUGACGGGAAACCACAGCCUCUCGUGUACCACGUCCCCCAAGACUUCUUUAACGCGCUGCAGCAUCGUCUGUCCCUCGGAUCAAAGAAGAGGAGGCUGCCAAACUUUACAACAGCGUUUGUGAGGAACGAUGGACUUCCCGUCAGCUCUUUCUCCAAGUACACCUGGCACAUCACCAACCUCAUGCAGGUCAAACGCAUCUUUGACACUCCGGAGCUUCCUCUGGAGCUCCAUCAGAGUUUCGUCAAAAACAUCGAUGGAUCUUAUUCAUGUUUCCGCUGCCCCGAACCUCCGCCUGAACCAGAGUUACCAGAUGGAUACAGGACCGAUCGGCCGCAGACGAUACGACCGAUGGAAUUCCGCACCUUCCUCAAAGUCGGACCCGGCACGCCCGAGCAGAAGGAGGCCAGUCCAUUUGUGAUCGAGUGGAUCCCGGACGUUCUCCCCCGCUGUCACAUGGGAGAACUCAGGAUCAGCUUUGAGUUUGGUCACCAAAAGAGCGGUCAGCAAGACUACUGUGAAAAAACGAGUGGAGCAGAGAAAGGGGCUCGUAACAAGGCGGACUCCACCCAGUCCAAGCACAUCAAGGCUGUUGACGUCGUCUAACGGUCCACCAGUCUGUCCAUCGGCAGUAACUUUGUCAUUGACAUGAAGAGUUAAUGUCUCACACAUGUAUUUGUGUUACAAUAUGCAACGUAUGGAUAAUCAAUUUUAGAGUCUAUUAACGACAGUAUUUGUUUUUGUUGUGAGGUUCUUAUUUUACGACAAAAAUGUAUAUAGAUUUUGAAAAUGUUUUAUUUUUUUUAUAGUUCAUUCACAGAACAUGUUUGUCUAAGACAGAUCACGCACACAGGAGUCUGGAGCAUGUGAGGAUGUUGAAUCUUAUGAAUCUAAUGCAAACACACGUACAUGAAGUUACAUGAAGUUACUGAUCCCAUUUGUUAACUUUCCCUAAAUGUGUGAAAAUAUGUAUGGUUUUUUUUACUCCCGCUUGUUUUGAUGCAAACAAUAGAGAAAAUAAAGAAAACAUUGAAAG